CAUUUACAAAGGUUAAUUUGAGGGAAAAAUUACUUCAAAAUGGAGGAAUCUACUGUCAAGCCUGCAGUCGUGGCUACUGAAAAAUAUAAAGAACCAACAUCCAAUAUUUCUGAUGAUUUCCUUCAGAAACCAUGGCAAGAAAUGGAUGGAUUUGAUUGGACCGAAAAGUCCGUAGAAAGCCUUCUGACAGAAAUAGAAAAAUACAUGCCCUUGGCAGAUCUAGAGAAUGGAAACUACUCAAAAAUCCCUCAUGUCAAUUUGUUAUUAGUGGGACGUAUUUCAUCGGGAAAAUCAAGUUUCUUCAAUACAGUGGAUUCGGUUAUCAAAGGGAGACUUUCCCUCAGGUCACGUGCCGGAUGUGCAAGUUCUAGCUUAACAAAAUCACUGGAUAUUUACAAAGUAAAAGGAAGAAAAAACUCUGGCACCCUAAACUUUAGAGUGGUAGAUUGUCGUGGAUUAGAAGAGGAUCAAAGUUUGGACUCUCGCGAUGUUGAAUAUAUCCUGGAUGGUCACGUGAUGGAUGGAUAUGUGUUUAAUCAAAGUACACCAAUUACUAAAGAUAACUCCAAGUUCAGAAAAGAUCCAACCUUAGCUGAUCGUAUCCACUGUGUCAUCUUUGUGGUUGAUGGUUCGAAUCCACCUGAAAUAACAAUGUCUCAGAACGUUGAAAAACAAGUAAAAGAACUACAAGAAAUGAUGAAUAGACGAAAAAUUCCGCAAUUGAUCCUCCUAACCAAAGUUGAUACGAUGGCAACGGUCAAGGAAGACUUAUCUAAAGUAUUUCACAGCAAAAGCGUCUUAGAGAUGAGGGACAAAAUAGCCAUGUCGUUUGGGUUGCCUCCCUAUACCGUUCUACCGAUGCAAAAUAUCGCAAACUCUCCAACUGUCUCGAAAGAGAUUAAAAUACUGACGUUAUACAAUUUGCGUCAGAUACUCCGAGCUGCAGAUGAUUUUCUCGAAAAUCACGAAGAAGAGAUAAUGGGAGAUAAAUAUAAAGGAGCUCAGACUACUUCUUACUAGAAUGGAAAAGACAAAAAUAUUCCUCGAAACGACAAAAAGGAU